AUGGGGUCUGUGAUAGAAGGAAAAAUGGGGUCUAUGAUAGAAGGAAAAAUGGGGUCUGUGAUAGGAGGAAAAAUGGGGUCUGUGAUAGUAGGAAAAAUGGGGUCUGUGAUAGAAGGAAAAAUGGAGUCUGUGAUAGAAGGAAAAAUGGGGUCUGUGAUAGGAGGAAAAAUGGGGUCUGUGAUAGUAGGAAAAAUGGGGUCUGUGAUAGAAGGAAAAAUGGAGUCUGUGAUAGGAGGAAAAAUGGGGUCUGUGAUAGUAGGAAAAAUGGGGUCUGUGAUAGAAGGAAAAAUGGAGUCUGUGAUAGGAGGAAAAAUGGGGUCUGUGAUAGGAGGGAAAAAGGGGUCUGUGAUAGGAGGAAAAAUGUGGUCUGUGAUAGGAGGAAAAAUGGGGUCUGUGAUAGGAGGAAAAAUGGCGUCUGUGAUAGGAAGAAAAAUGGGGUCUGUGAUAGGAGGAAAAAUGGGGUCUGUGAUAGAAGGAAAAAUGGGGUCUGUGAUAGGAGGAAGAAUGGGGUCUGUGAUAGAAGGAAAAAUGGGGUCUGUGAUAGAAGGAAAAAUGGGUUCUAUGAUAGAAGGAAAAAUGGGGUCUGUGAUAGAAGGAAAAAUGGGGUCUGUGAUAGAAGGAAAAUGGGGUCUGUGA